AUGGCUGCCGCAUAUAGUGCUGUCGAGCGUGUUCACGCCCCGCUUUCUCACCCAUUGAUCGAUAUGAAUCCCGAGAUAGCCCACAAGAAACUCUAUUGGUCCUCGUCGUUCCAGAAGAUGCAGGAAGAUAUGGUUGCGAAUAAGGACUAUUCAAAUAUCAAGACCCAUUACCCUCGGAGGCGUGAUGUCGAUGAUCUUAUCGUCCUCAAUGUCUAUACAACCAUUGGUCCUACACCCGGUUGGGGCCUUGGACCCUCCCCGCUCUCGCCUCUCUACCUGCAUUACCCAGCUCUCCAUCCGGCGGAUCACAACCUCCCAAAAGUGCCUGUACCCAAGGUCUCGGCGUUACAAUCGAUUAGUAACAACUACGCCGGCAAGCCGCCCCACGCUGCUCCUGACCGUCCAUCCAUGUUACAAUACUUCUUGGACCGUAAAGACUUUGUAACCCGCCAGAGCACGACCACAACCUGUGUCCGCUUUCUCGAAGAGUAUGCUGAAUGGCGUCUCAUAUUCGGCCCCAAUGAGGAUGCCGGCGAUUCCGAUAUCGUUCUUGCUUCUGAGAAGUCUCUCCUUCAAAAGUUGGGGCUCAAGGCCUGCGCAGCUGAGGUCACACGAGCCCUGGGAGAAGACACUGUUGCUGCGAGAAUCUAUGCUUCUCCGCGUGUUCGUGCCGUCAGUUUGGACCUUAAUAAGCCCUUGGGAACCCGCUUUACUUCCACUCCGGAUAGGAGCGUUGUCACCCCGUUGUACAUGGCCGGUCAAGAGAUCAAUGGAGAUCCCGGCGUGAUCCUUCACUACUCGAAAAGCGCAGAUAGACGGAGGAAGUACUGGUGGAUCUGGGAAGGCUCCUCCUGGAGCUGUAUCUAUGACCCCGACGGCACAACCGAGUGGCGCGAGGGCUAUCACAGUUCAGAAGUAAACGCUGCGAGAAGGAGGAGAGAGAAGGAGCAGGCCGAGGCUCAGGGCUAUGGAAGUGCGGGUGUGGAUGAUAGCAAGCGCUCUUCCACUGCUUCUAGUUUCGAUGAACUGAACUGCACUGUUAUCAAACUCUACAACUCGGACUAUCCCGAGCCAGUUGCAGCAAUCGAACUUGGAGCAGGGCAGAUGUGGAUCCAGAAGACGAUCGUCAUGGAGACUAUCGAUGUAGCUGUUGCUGUCAUCUUCGCCAUCGUCAACAUGGAGCGUGCUAUCAGGGACGAGUGUGCCGCCAGGGCUACAAAUGGGCGCAAAGGUUUCCUCAAAAGGCACUUCUCGUUGUGA